AUCUACCAGCUGCUAAAGGCGAUAUUGUAAAUUAUCACAUCGCUCGGACAUCCGUAAAGCUACCGCCGUUGACUAUCAUACUGAACUAACAAGUACUUCCAAUCAAAAAGAAUAUCCGCUGAAAUGCUAACACAAACCGACGCAUCCAAAUGGGUUUUAGAAUCGGUGAGAAUAAGAGCAGAAGAACUGAUUGCCAACAAAAGCAUCGAACGCGGUUGAAGUGGUGGUUAUGAUUAUACAAAACAUAAAAAUCUGUAAGAUAUAGGAAACUUCAAGGAAAAAAUCACAAAGCAAACUGUGUAACUAAUUAAGGAAUGGUUCGAAAAUAAAUAUCACAAAGAGCGUAAAGGAAGCAAAAACGGAGGUACUUAGCCCAACCAUUUACUAAUUGCCGUUUAUUAAUAAUUCACCAACAAGCAGAGAGCUAAACAACAUCUUCCGUUUGUAACCGCAAAAGCGUAUCCUACGUCUAUGGAAAUCCAAUUGAGAAGACGUCGGCCACCACUGCAACAACAACAACCAUACCGACUGCCACGCACGCAGUCGCCAUAUUACCACAACCAACAGCACUACAAAGAAUCUCAACAACAACAAGAACAACAGCAAGUACAACAACGAAAACAAAAACAAAAACGCCAGUGGCAACCACACCCACAGCCGCAACAACAGCAACCACAGAGUACAACAACACGCUGUAGUUGUAGUAGUUAUAAUGAUGAAAUUAGUUAUAUGCCUUUUAUUUUUCGGACUAUUCGCCAUUCAGACGGUCGGCCAUAUGAACAGUGACCCAGCACCAGGCCGCUCGCCAGGUCCACCCAACGCCAAACAAAAUCAAGCAGCAUUGCCACCCGUGGCGCUCAACGUGAGUACCGCAAAUAAUGUUGCGGCCAGCACAGCUGCCUACCCCGCGCUCGCCACUUCGAUUGCGACUUCAAUGGUGGCGGCGCAGAAUCAGCGCCACAGCAAAAACAACAAUGGUGAGCAUUCUUUCGGGCACACGGCAGACCGCAAUUACGGUAAUAACAGUAACAAUAACAAAGAUGUGAGGCUAGCUGAAAGCAACAGCAACAUCAACAACAACAACAACGAACAACAAUUAGUUUCCGGUAUCGGAGAGUUAACCAACACGGACGAGAUUAACAUCAAUUUAAACAAAUUAUCCUCAGGCAGUAGAAGCGGUGCUUCAGUGUCCGAGUCUGCAGUGACCCGCACCGCCGCUGAUUACACAUACGAUAAUGUGGCGCACGAGGUGACGGCAGCGCGGAUUGUGCAAGGGGUGGAACAAUCGAGUGGAAUAACAGAAAAAUCCGUUACAGGCACAGUAGCAGCUGCGGCAGCGCUAAUUGCGCAAGAGGCGAAAACGAACACUCUCAGCAAUACGAGAAGCUGUCGCGAUGGAUUCAGUGAUUUCCUCAAUGAUGUGGUAGACGUGGAAGAGGAGGAGCAAUCGGAGGCGAAUGGCGAGGAUAUUAACGAUGGGCGCACACGGAACGGGGCACAUAUUGGACAUCAUUUGUUUAUAGAUUUGCAACUGGAACAUCAGGUCUUCGAAACGUCAACUGUCGGCAUCAAUUGCGGUCUGAUGUAUCAGGUGCGACUAUUGACGUACGCCAGACCAACAACGCCCAAGGCAGCAAAACGGGCGACAAGAACUGAUGCUACUUUAGGGCAACCGUUAGACGACUCUUCCUUCGCCGAAACCACCACGGAGCAUACGAAUACAAAAGCGAAAGCGAAUAGCGAGGAGGGCGUCCGGGACAGCAAUGCCGACAAUGGCGGCAAUGGUAAUGCCAACAAACUGCACUACACGGGGGAAUUUUUCGUUGAAACACUCUCGACAUUAAGCGGUCGCGAACGUGGCAGUUUUGUUGAUCACCAUUCAGCAAGCAACACGUUGCCAAUUUCAUGGUUCAGCUCACUUCAGCGCAACGACGCCAACCGUGAUGGCGACGAUGUUGACAGCCGGGAGUCCGACGCGGAGAGAAACGAUUUCGAUUCGGUCACAUCAACGUCGGAUGAGGAUAAUUUUGCUUUCGGCCAUGAUUACGAAGCCAUCGGCAGUGGACAUGGCCAUUUUCAGCAACAACAACAACAAGCGUUUGCUACUAAAUGGUUGCAACAAAGCUGGGAUAAAGCGACCCAUAGACGGUCACAAAACAAUAGCAGUUGGAAUGUUAGAAAAAUGUGCCCAGAAAAUAAAUGGCAUGGCAAUGCGAACAGCCAACAAGAAGAAGAAGAACAACGAGAAACAAGUAGUGGCACUACCUUUGAAAACCAGCCUGAUAGAGGUGCAGGUAUGGAUAGCAGAGGGAGUAGGAGGAGCCGCAACGAAAUGGUAAACGAAGUGCACACAGAGUCCUUGGGCUUUUGGAUGUUAAAUGAACUAUGCGAACAGGACGACACCAUCGAAUUCAGAGUGUUUUUUCGUGCGUCCUUUGAAAGCGACAAUGCUGAUGGCACCAACAACAACCGCAAUAGCAUGGAAAAUGCCAGAAACAGCAGCCACAACAACAAUGACAACAUAAAACUUGAAGCACAACAUGUCGUGUUCAAAAAAACUUUUAAAUUUCAACUACGUAAAGACUGCCAAUUGUUGUUGCGCGAAGUGACCAGAGGAUCAUUGGAUUAUACAGCACUUCCAUUGUACAGCAUCGAUUGCACCGUACAUUUUCCUCCAUAUCGGCUCUUCGAGACUGACAACCCAUCAACCCCUCCAAAUCUCGAAAAGGGCGACAUCCCACCGGCGGGUAUACUCGUUGAACUGCAGCGCCUGAAUGUGCCAUGCAACAGUGGCGGAUUUAUACGUUUCAACGACGGUUCGCGUUUGUGUGGCAAACUUGAAGAGCUGAAUGCCGUCGAUCGCAGUUAUCAUUUCGAUGUGCGCAGCCGCACCACAGUACACUUCCACAAAAGUCCGAUGUUCAGUCUCAGCUAUAAGCUGGUUGAUUACUGCUACAAUGUGACGACAAGCAAUCAGUCCGAUGAAUAUUAUGUGCGUCCAAGCAUACGCAAUGCGCUCGAGUGCUACUUUCGUAUUCACCUGCCGUAUGGAAAUCGCAUAAGCCUGACACUCGUGACCAACAAUGACAGCGCCAUACUGCAGCCAACCGAUGGCAUUCAAUUAAAUGCUGCUGGCGAACAGGACACUUUCAAUAUCUACACCAGUCAAGGCGUACAAAUCGACACCCAACGCAUAAAUAUGACCGUAAAAAGCAGCAGUGGGAGCAGCAAAAAAAAAUCCGGCACAACUUCAAGCGUGUACAAGCGUGCUGAGCCCAAGGCGGCGGCGCGAACUGAUACGUGGAGCGCGCACAAUCAGACGCGAGAGCAUAUUAACAAGCGCUCUACGAGUUCCUUGGAUGGGUUUCUAAAGCUCAUGGAAAACCAAGUAAAGGACUUUAACUUCGGCGCGGGUGGCAAAUCUAUGCCGCCAGUGAAAGAUUUUAGCAGCUGUGAUGGCGUUAUAAUUAAGAUAUUCGAGAGCGAUUCCAUUCGCUGGUCAUACUGUAUAAACGAUGUCAAUCGCAUGCGUGCUUUCAUUCUAAUCUCAACUGGUAAUACGUUGAAUAUACAUCUGUUCAAGGCCUCACAUUUGCACUAUAACUCCAUACCUCUAACGAAUGGCCAGAUUUCCGGUGUCGAUCCCAAUACGCCCCUUACAACACUGCCCACGAUUUACUUAUCCUAUGCGGCGCUACCCAUUCCCGAAGUCGUUGCCAGCUGCGAAUUCGGUUGGGUUGCUAUGCAGCAGUUUUGUAUAACUGCGAUAGAAAUGGCCAUGUCAUGGCCAGAUGCUGAAGAGUACUGUGUGAAUUUGGGCGGACAUUUAGCUUCCAUUCGCAAUGAGCAACAACAACAAGUAGUCAAUGAGCUACUUUUCCAUAGUCCAGGCUAUGGAGAUCAAAACGCCUAUUGGGUAGGCGGCUCGGAUAGCAACUAUGAAGGAGACUUUCGCUGGAGCGAUGGACUGCUAUUUCAGUACACAAACUGGUUUCCAGGAUGGACGGAACACAGCCACUACAAUAAGCAGCCCAAUGAUGAUGGUCUCAGCAGCCAGGACUGCAUAGAAUUGCGGCGCUUUUUUCGCACACCGCCGGGUAUACAAACGAAUCGAAGUCCACUAACGAGCACUUUCAUGUGGAAUGAUCGCGAUUGCAGUGCGAAAAGCUUCGUGAUAUGCGAGCGAGCGAUGAGCGAUGACUCUUUACGCCGCAGCUGGGUAAACGAUUGUAAUAAGACUGUCUCGUUGACGAAGGAGCAUCCACGUGCCUCAAUUUGGAGUCCCUCCUUUCCGCGCCAAUAUCCUGACAACGCGAAUUGUUUCACGACAAUAACAGCGCCCACAGGCUAUCGCGUUGUCAUCGAAUUCGAAGAGCUUGUGAUCGAGAAUGAAGCGGGUUGUACUUAUGACUAUUUGGAAAUUACCGAACCAACGCACUAUGAUAACUUCAAAACUACAAAAUCUUCCAAAAACAAAAACACUAUAAAUAUAAAUAAUAGUAAUAAAAGUAAUAUUAACAUAAGUAAAACCUUUCGAAAGCGAAGUUCUUAUGAGAAACCUAGCCUUAGUUCAUCGUAUACUAUGCCUACAUCUACAUCUACAUCUACAUUUACAUCUAGUAAUUCUAAUGCCAACGCUUAUUCUAAUACGUAUACUAAUUAUGCCAACACGAAUGCUGUAAAUAAUAUAAAUAUGGAUGUGAAUGUGAAUGCGAAUGCAAAUGUGAACACGAACGCAAACUACAACACCAACACCAACAUCAACACCAACUACUUGUAUUCGAAUAGUUAUAACAACUACAAUCUCGCGCAAACGAAUUACCAGAAGCUGCUGCACAUUUUCUCGAGCCUCUAUCGGCCGCAUACGAAUUACCUAAUACAGACACCCGACUAUCCCCGAGGGAAUCCCAACUAUCCAGCCAAUCAUCACAAUCGGAUGCGCGCCGAAGGCAACGUGGAUACGAACGCAUUACCGAAACGUUUAUGCGGCGAUUGGAGUUCUAAACUGAAACUGCUGCGUCAUGUGUCGACUGGCUCUUAUUUGGGUUUGCAUUUCGUAUCCGACUACUCGCAUCACUUUGGCGGUUACAAAGCGAAGACUUAUAUGGAGAAUACGGCUUCUGAAUGCGCCAACGAACGCUUAAAAUACUACAAUGGUUCCUGUUAUCUGUUCAUUUCCUAUCCCGAAGUCGAUUGGUGGACGGCGCAGCAAGUAUGUCGUGGCAUGGGCGCACGUUUGUCAUCGGUGUCGUCCUCUGAUGAACACAGAUUUAUUACAUCGAAUAUACGAAAUCAAAUUGACUAUUCGCCUCAACUGAUCUACUGGCUUGGUGCAGAGCUGGAGAAAAGCGGCCAAUUCGAGUGGACAGAUGAUACAAGAAUGAGUUUCCAGGGUUGGUUGCCUGGCCAAGGACAAUUCGAGGAACUCCCCCCAGAUGCCAUCUGUUUGGGGCUGCAAUGGAAGAUGUCACCAACGCCAAUGCUGCCUUCGGGUUUGUAUUGGCAAUCACAAAAAUGCAGUAAAGUCGGUGGAUAUGUAUGUAAAAAACCAAAAGAUUCAUUUGGCACAUUUUCCGCCAACAACCUAACAGUUACAGGUGCCGAGGGAAGGCUAGUGUCACCAGCCUACCCCAACACAUAUCCCCUAAAUAUGGACUAUUGGGUGCAUAUAAAAACACCAGAUCGUACCCGCAUAAUACUUCAAUUCCAAAAAAUAGAUCUUGAGCCACAGGAUGAGUGUCUCUAUGAUUUUGUCAGCAUACAAGACUUCGAAUUAGUCUCGCACAUAACACUGGAGCCUGGAAGCAAUCCCCAACCCAUGGCCAUGUUAACUUCUGAAGAGCAACUAUCGUCGACGGACAAUGAAGUGGACAUAGGUGAGUUCGCAUCGGAAUACCGUAAACGACCGAAACGUAGUCUGCAAAGAGGUCUACGUAUACCGAAAAAGCGGGGGAGCUACCCAAACGUCAACACUGCCAAAAAUGAAUACAGGUACACAAAGCAAACUCAUAGUAGGAAAACUUUAAAUCGGAAGCACGAAGGCGCUAGAAAAACGCACAGUGGCAAUCUACGAUUUAGAAGAGAAGUGCUUACAAAAACCGGGCAUAGUGGUAAUAAGUGGAUUUCCACUGCAGCUGGCGUCGUAACGAAAUAUCAAAAUCCCAAACAUCGUCGACGAAAAGCCAAGGCACAUCGCCGCAAACGCAAUAGUAUUUUAGAGGAGGCUGACCAACUGAUGUUGCCCCUUCCAGUAGAUAAUGCACAAUCAUUCCUGCCAUAUGUACGUUGGUGUGGCACACACACCGCCAAUAUGUCCAAAUUCGACUUUGUUUCCAAUUCAAAUGAGGCAAUGGUGAAUUUUCACAGUGAUUACUCCGUUAAUGGUGCGGGAUUCGCGGCCACUUGGAGAGCGAUCGAUAUAUCUGGCUGUCCGCUACAGACGCUCACUUCACGUGAGGGCACCGUCUUCAGUCCCAACUAUCCACAUUUUUUACUACAUAACUUGAACUGUGCUUACGUGAUACAAGCGCCAGCUGGCAGACGCAUUUGGCUCGAAUUCAAUGAGUUCGAUUUGAAUGUGGACGCAGUUUUGGAAGUGGACAUUGGUAGCGGACCACUACGGCCCUUUCGCACCAAAGAAAUAUUGAGCGAGGGUAUAUUCGUUAGCGAGCGUGAACAAUUGCGCAUACAAUUUCGCACAGGACAGCAUCCGAGAGGCAAAGGCUUCCAAGCUGUCUAUCGCACAGUGACACCAUUGGAGCGACGUGAGCGGGUCAUCAGUUUGAACUACAACAGCAGCGGUCAUCUCUACCAACUCAACUACCCACGUGCGAUGCCGGAAAAUGUGGACUUCACACACCAUUUAGUGGCACCGUUCGGUCAGAAUAUUAUGCUCGAAUUGCAAGGCGUUGAAUUUAGUGAGAAUGGCGAUUGUAUCGAUGGUAGUCUCUUAGAGGUCUACGACAACUACGCGGACAAUAAUGGCACAAAGUGGCAACUUUGCAAGUAUCAGCAGCCCACUACUCUUCCACACACCGGCCCACCCAGUUACGAUGCGGAGCGCCAGAGUUCAUCGUACGGUUACUUACAUCCGCAGGACACAUUUUAUACACACGACCGUUCAAGGUCAAUGCCAUCCAUGUCAAGUAGUAGUAGACUUCAAACUAGAACAGUCGAUGCCACAGCGCCACCAGUGUAUAUUACAUCCUAUCUAAAUACGCUGCACAUCCGCCAACGCACAGGCCUCCACUCGAAUGCCCUACUAAAUGCAACCGUGUCAAUACAAUGGGAUAAUACCUAUAAAAUGAAAUUGGCUGCUGGUGAAAAAACCGUUGAAUCCUGCCAACCCAAUCCCUGUCAGUUCAAUGGCAAAUGCGUACCCAAUAACGGUACGAACUAUUGCCAGUGUAAGGGACACUACACGGGGAGAUUUUGCGGCCUGAAUAUUUGCGAACUGGAGCCCUGUGUCUUUGGCAGAUGCGAGCUGACUGCAAAUAGCUUUAAGUGUCAAUGUCAGCCGGGUUACAUGGGUCCAACAUGCGAGCAAAAACAAAGGCCUUGUGCCGAAAACCCUUGCGAAGGACGUGGCGUUUGUUUCGAGCGAAAUGGAGGCUACUUUUGUCGUUGUCACGCUUGGUGGGAAGGUGCGAGAUGUGAGCGGCGUAUGCUACAUAUACCCUAUAAACCGUUAUCUGAACGCAUGCUGCAAGAACCAUUUUGGCUGGGAUUAAUAACCGUUUUUGUUGUAUUGGCUGUCAUCGGUUUGGUUUGGUGCGCGAAACGACACUUCCCGGAAAAAAUUGAAAAGCUAUUGGCCGAAGAAGCAGAUCGAAAUCGGCCACCUGGUUCCAUACAUGGACAUCAUCAUCACACAUCAUUACGCGAGCAAUUGCAAUUUACAACUGCCAUUCCACAGUCAACCGGCAAUAUCGCACCGGGCACACAACGCUCCAUAUUCAACAGAUUGGGUAUCAGAAAACCGUCACUUUUGAGCCUCAGCAGCCCCAAUCCAAUACCUGGAGGGGGAGGGGCAGCAGCGCGUACAUUUUCACUUGACGAUCUAUUACGACCGCCUCCCCGACGUUCACCAUCGCCACGCAAGAAACGCAACAAUUCGACACCUGUGAAGAAAAAUGCCGCUGAAAAGAAACAAAUUCUACAACAAUUGGUCUCGCCGGCGCCCAAUGUGGACAAGCCGCCCAAAGUCAGCCUGGGUGAGCUCAUCAAUAUGACGGAGAAUCGCUUGCGUGCUGCCGGUAAUGUGGACUCCGAGAGCGAUGUCAAAGAAACAACAUUCUCAGAAAACUCCGGUUCACAGACUUCGACCAACGUAGCAAAUAUUGCACGCACAAUUGCCGAUCCAAAGCUGGAGAAGAAAGUGACAUUUGCACGACUGCUGAACAAAGUCUCUGCCGAAAUGAGUUCGGGUUCAGACAUGGAUAUCGGCCAUAUGGCGAGCACAAGGAAUUCGAGUGCCCUCAGUCUACCAACUGAUAUACAGUUCCGCGCCAGUUCAGUGCCACCAUCACCGUGCACAAACGAUAUGCGUUCACCGCACAGCACCUCAUCGAAUCAGGGUAGCGAUUCAUUAUCCAGUUCUGAUCUCGCACUGACCGACUUCGGUUUGCGUUCGAUGCAAACCAGUGGCAGUGAGAUCGGUAGCACAAAUCACAACGCCCAUCUGCCACACGGUAUUGGUAUUGGUAUUGGUGGUCCAACAUCACGUAGUCGUAUUGGCACAAUAGCACGUCCAAAGGUCUCCAGUGCCGAUUCCAUCUUAGCUAUGUUCCGUAAUCUUGCUUCUUCUUCAAAUGCCACCUCAACAACAACUGCCUCAAAUCCCGCAAACACUGCUAACAUAAUGCAAAACGCAUCUGUAUAUGUAUCACCAUCAACAACCCCAACCGCUUCUAGUCCACAAGAUGAUGCACCUGGGGAUGAUGAAUCGUCCACUUCAUCAAUGCAUACGCCGGUUAGCUUCUCAAGUGGUCCACCCGAUUCGCCUGUGUUCUAUCGUCAAACCACAAUCGAAGUACCCGUUCUCGAUGUACUCAAUGCGCACAAAUCAUCUUCGACACCAUCAUCGUCCAAUUCGUCAAGUUCGACAAACUUAUUACACCCACCGACGAUACUGCUGGAAAUACCCAGCAAUGGCAUCAACAACAAGUGUCUAUCACCGAUUCGCGAGAUGCCCACACCGAUACCAUCGCCGGCUCUCACACCGAUCAUGCCAAGGCCGCAACGUUCAAACAGUCCGAUAUUUCAGGAAGAUCCGCUGUCAGGUGGUGAUUACAGUGAUGACGAGCAGAAGAGCAUGCGCAGUGACGGCAGUGACGAGCAAAUGUCGGAGAAGAUUGUACUGGACCUGCAAACGGGUAAAACACAUGUCAUAAUUGAUAGUGACGUGGAGACGACACCGACUGACACGGCUACCACCUCGAUGGCUGGUCAGAAUAAGUCAGCGGGCUCACUCAAUAGAUUGCCGUUAUUGCGGUUCUCACCACCGACGCCCACAACAAGUGGACUGAAGCCAUCUACUUCCAUUCCCAAUGCUGGGGCAGUGGCUUUGAAGCCACCAGCGAUUGUCAUCGAUGUAGAGCCACCGACGCCAGAGGAGAAAACACCUCGUCCACGUGAUCUGAUUAUACCAACACUGACUGUAGAACAUCCGAGUCCAACCAAGAAUCGCCAUCCGAUGAUCAUAUUUCCCGGAUCGCCACCACCGCAACGAGCCAGCAUAGGUGAAACAAGUUUUAUGUUUCCAAAUAAGCAACAACAAAAAAGGCUCUUAAAACAAUUCGAAAAACCAAACUCGCUAGAAUUUCCCUUCGUUCCACCCAUGAUUACCGUCACUUCUAACAUGAGUGAACUGGAAUCGGAUGCCGAACCAAUGUCACCGGCUACAAAAACCGGCAACCCAGGUGGCUUAAUGCCACCAAAUCCGGUUGGUAUGUGCUAUUUGAGUCCCUUCACAAUGUGCAGCCGUGCCGAUCGCACCAUCUCUGAAAGCAAUCUCAGCUCGUCCGGUUAUUCGAGCAUGGCAAGUCCUGGACCGAGCCGUUGCGGCUCCAGCAAUCCACUAUGUCCCGGCGAAAUGGAUGAACCCGGCAGCGGUCAUUCCGGUGGUGGUCUCUCGCUGCAUGUAAACUUAUUGAAUCGGCGCAAGAACUCGGCUUUGGCCAGCUGCAAAGAGAAUAUAACUAACGGCAAAGGAGCGGACACCGAGCAUGGGACCACGGGCAAUAGCACCGAUCAACUGCACAGACCACGUUCCGAUUCGGAAACAUUCUCUGAUGAAAUCAUAUUGGAGUCUAACGAUGAAGGUAUUGGUACUGACCACGUCGACGAAAAAAUGGAAGACAGCCGUUUGAGCAGCAACCGCUUUAAAACAUUUGGCGCUUUCAUGGCACAACACGUACUAGUCGAAGUGGAUGAGCCACAGCAGCAAUCGGCAAGCACUAGUGCCACCAGUGGAGGCACCACCACCAAUCAAAUGGCACAACUGCAACUGCCUUCUAUAGUGAUACAAAUCGACGGUACCGAAAAGGGGCUAUCGCCGGUGUCAUCACGUUCUGAAAGCCCGCUAAGCGAACGAGCUAGCAUGGGCCGUUUCUCGCCACAUUUCUAUGGGCGUAAGGAUCAAUUGCCGUUCACCGAUUCAGAUGGUCUUUAUGACUUUCCAUCAUCGGAUGGCAAAGGCGGAUCCUUCACUCAUCAACGUCGCAGUAGCAGCAAGAAGCGCGAACGUAAGUCAUCGAAAUGUUCUUCAACACAAUCGCCUACAAAACAACAACUCGACAUACCGAGUAAGGAGUCAUUGACCACAUCGACAACCACACCGAGCAGUAGUGCACACAUAUGCAAUAAGCAUUGUCUUUCGCAUCAUCAUCCGUGUCCUGCAUCGGCGGUUACCACACGAAAGAGUCCCAAAAGACGGCUCAAUAACAGACCACCUGUGGCGAGUAGUUCCUCUUCAUCGGAAAGUCUUAUCUCACCGAAGGAGUUGACGGUCUCAAGACCACUUCCGCGACGUCUUAAUUCCCCAAAUCGAGAAAAACGGCCUCGUAAACAGGAGAGUCUAAGUGAAGAAGAGGUGGCUGAUGCCUUGUUGCGGCGAAUUGCACCCAGUAUUGUGAAGGAAGACACUGAAACAGUUAAGCCAAAAUGCAAAAUAAAUCGUUUGCGUGCGAUCGGAAAUCAAAUAAGAUUUUUACGUCGACUUAAGAAAUCCAUAAAAACCCGUGAGCGUUUAGCAUCACCAUCGGAUAGCUGUCCAGAAGAGAAUACCGACGACAUGGACUCACCGCAAGCCACAUCACCGCUGCUACAACCGCAAUCGCCCAGCAAGACCCGCAUAGCCUUAUGCCGACAAAAGCGACUGCCAAGCGGUACAUACGGCAUCACAGCUGCCGCACUCAACUCCAGCAAUUGGAAGGGCAUGGAUCGCAGUCUGAUCGGUGAUGACCUAAACAGUGAUUAGACAAAAAUGACCCCGGGCAAGUAAGGCAUAGACCAAAGGGCGCUA